GUACUGUGGGAUGAAAACGAUUCACGAACAGUCAGCUGUGCAUUUUGGAAUGGCAUAGUUUGUUUUGGGUGCGUUUUGUGGAUUUGUGAGGUUUAUUUGUGACCAUGUUUAGUGAUUGUGUUUACUUGGUUUAUUUACUUCUGUUGUUACCGAAUUUUGAAUGUGCGAACCGUCUGAACGAGUACAUCAGUCACUACGAGACGCUGGACUAUGACACCCGCGACGUCCACAGGAACCACCUGCGCGCCAAACGGUCGGUGGUACGCGACAACCAUGUGCACGUGUCGUUCAGGGCGCACGGUCGCGACUUUCGUCUGCGCCUGAAACGCGACCUCCAGGUCUUCGGCGACCGGCUGGAAGUCCACGGCCCGGACGACAGGCCCAUCGACGCCGACACGUCGCACAUCUAUCACGGACACCUUGUCGGUGAACCAGACAGCGUGGUGUUCGGUUCAGUAAUAGAUGGUGUGUUCGAAGGUAAAAUCGUUUUACCAAAGGACGCGUAUUACGUCGAGAAGGCGCACCAUUAUUUCCCACACGCAAAAUAUCCAAAUCGAACAUUUCAUUCGGUAAUAUACCAUGAGGACCACGUCGAAGAUCCCCACAAGGAUAAAGAAGGUCAUACGGGAGGCUGUGGCGUCACGGACGACGUACUCCAGUGGAUGGAGAGCGUCCAGAACGCGGGAAUUGACGAAGCGCCGCCGCCGUCGUCGUCCCGGAACAAGUCCCGCAAACACAAGAAGACACCGCCCGGGGCUACGGAGACUCAGCGUGCGACUCCGCGAACGCCUCCGUCUACCGCAAACCGCGAGGACUUUCUUAACAAGUACUCAAAGGAGGCGAACGAACCGCACUCGAGGCGGGAGCGCAGGGCGGCGCCCCGCAUGGAGAACAAGAACACGUGUUCAUUGUACAUUCAGACGGAUCCGUUGAUUUGGAGGCACAUACGGGAAGGUUUUCCAGAGCACGACGAUCCGAAAAAAGAAGCCGAGGUGAACGAGAAGACCAGAGAGGAAAUAUUGUCGCUUAUUGCUCAUCACGUCACUGCCGUUAAUUAUAUUUAUUAUGGUACAAAAUUCGAUGGAAGGACAGAACAUCGUGAUAUAAAAUUUGAAGUACAAAGAAUUAAAAUCGACGACGAUUCGCAGUGCAAGUGCACACACAGCGGCUGCGAAAUCAACCAGUUCUGCCAGAGCAACAUCGAUGUUAGCAACUUCCUCAACAUCCACUCGCUCGGCAAUCACGAGCAUUUUUGCCUAGCCUAUGUGUUCACCUACAGAGACUUCACCGGCGGUACGUUGGGACUUGCUUGGGUCGCAAGUGCAUCAGGAGCUUCUGGCGGCAUCUGCGAGAAAUACAAGACGUACACGGAGACGAUACACGGAACGUAUCAAUCUACGAAGAGGUCGCUGAAUACGGGCAUCAUCACGUUCGUGAACUACAACAGCAGAGUGCCACCUAAAGUGUCGCAGUUGACAUUGGCGCACGAAAUUGGACAUAAUUUCGGAUCACCGCACGAUUAUCCACCAGAAUGUCGGCCGGGCGGCCUGAAUGGAAACUUUAUCAUGUUCGCCUCGGCCACCAGUGGUGACCGCCCCAAUAACAGCAAAUUUUCAACGUGCAGUAUAGGCAACAUUAGCAACGUGUUAGAUGCCAUCGAGGAAAAAAAGAAGACCAACUGUUUCAAGGCGUCAGCAGGCGCUUUCUGUGGCAACAAGAUUGUCGAAGACGGCGAAGAAUGUGACUGUGGAUACGACGAGAUCGAAUGUCAGGAUAAAUGCUGUUAUCCACGUGUGAUAUCGGAAGAAGAAAAAUUAAGAAAUAGCAGCGCUUCCAGUUGUAGCCGUCGCAAAGGAACCGCCUGCUCGCCCAGCCAGGGCCCUUGCUGCAGUAGCGAAACAUGCAAUUUUGUCCCCGCCUACGAGAAUGAAGUCUGUAAAGAAAAAACCGAGUGUUCAAUGUCAUCUAAGUGCAGCGGAACGUCCGCUGAGUGUCCACCACCACUACCCAAACCGGACAAAACAAGGUGUAACAACAACACACAGUUGUGCCACAAAGGUGAAUGCAAUGCUUCCAUCUGCCUAGAAUGGAACCUGAAUGCGUGUUCACUGACAUCGCAAGACCAUCCAAAUAUCGACAAGCGAAAGUUGUGCGAGUUAGCUUGUCAAAACGGCACAGAUGUGUGUCGAAGUACCAGUGAAUUUGCCGACAAAGUUGGACUUCCUGAUGGUGGUAUCAGUUUGAGGCCCGGGUCUCCGUGUGAUAAUUUUCAGGGUUAUUGUGAUGUGUUCCUGAAGUGUAGAGCUGUCGACGCAGACGGACCUCUCGUCCGCCUCAUGAAUCUGCUGCUCAGUCCCGAGAAUCUGCUGAAUGUUGCACAGUGGAUCACCAAAUACUGGUGGGGUGUCCUGCUGAUGGGCAUUGGCUUCAUAAUAUUCAUGGGACUGUUUAUCAAGUGUUGCGCAGUACACACGCCUUCGUCCAAUCCCAAGAAGCCUCCACCACUUAGACUGACGGACACUCUUCGUCGACCGAUGAACACCCUGCGAAGGAUGCGGCAUCAUCCUGGUGCGGCACACCAUGCAGGAGGUCCAGGUGUGCCUGGUAGAAGUAGAGGGCAUGGAGAUAGAGCGAGUAGAGCGCCCAAUAGCCAUGGAGGCCCGAGACCGGGACACGGCGACAGACGAGGCCAUUACGCCUCCAAAGAGUAUUAUGCACUAGCCACCGCGCCGUCAGCGAACUACACGAGCGGAGGCGGCGGUUCGUCGGGUGCAUCGCAUCACCAACCCUACGCCGGCGCCUACGACAGAAGCGGGGGCGCGUCGGCCGCCGAAAACUUCGAAAUGCUGCGCCACAAAGUCUGACAACAGGAGGGUGGUGGUGGCGGGUCCGGGGUAGCGGCGGACGUAGGUGGUGCCGCCGUGGUGCGGUCGUCACCGCCGCCUGACUAUCCGGGCACGCCGACCGCGGUUGUCGUCGGCCUCCAAUUUGACGACGGACCGAGGGCGCAGCCCACUGCGGACCUCCGACAACCCUAGGGAGGAAUCACUUUACAGCCGUCACUUUGAAUGUUGCCGACUACGUGCUCUGUGAUUGAAACACGGGAACUAUUUAGUGCGUGUCUACUUCGAACUGAUUGAUAUGGUGAAAACGGGUGAAAUUCAUUGUAGUCACCUUUACUUUUAGGAUAUUUUAUUUUAAUGGCCGCCGGGAAUCGUGAAAAAGUGCUCGACGAAUAGAACUGACGAAAAUAUUUUUGAACAUAGUAUUUUGUCCACAUGUAAGGUUUUAUGAAGCCUUGCAAAGGAAAAUUUAUUUAUUGAGAAAAUACUGUUUUAAUUACUUAUUUAUUAACUUAAUGUCAUAUUACAGAAUUGGACAAUAUGUAAAAAAUAACAAUGUAACUGCUCAUUGCAAUUGCUGUUUCUGCCAAAGUCGUAUAUUUUAUAAGAGGGCAGUUAUGAGGUUAUUUUGAACACAUUAAAGUUAUGAGUAUCGUAAAUACCGGAGAGAUUAAUUUAUAACUAAAUAUUGACUUUUCUGGGCUUCAAAAGUAGUAUAUUCUUUUUUGCGGUUCCCCGCAAUUAAAAGUUUUAUGAAGUUUGUCAACUGAUUAGUUAGCUUCCUUUUAAUGAAAGGCUGAUUUAUUAUUGUUCUACUCUUUGUAAGAUAAGUUUUUAAUGACAAAUUUGUCCAAUUUUUUAUUGUUGUUGGAAUUCGUUUCCAUUCCUUAGAACAAUUUGUAAGAUACUCUGUUCACUUGGAUAUUAACGUUUUUUUAUAUAUAAACAUUGUUUGAACAAAUUUGUUUUGUAUUUAUUUUGCCAUUUUGCACCAAAUAUUAUUUAGUGUAGACGUUCCAUUCAUUUAAAGUAAUUUCAUUCAUUGGAUUAUUUCAUGUAAAGAUACAUAUCUUGAAACCAUUCUUUUAUGUGUUCAUAUCAAGAGUAGUUGUGAUUUUUGAUACUCUUGUUCUUUGCAAUUUUUAAUACCUCAAGAUUACUUCUAAUGAAUGGACUUAUUUUUUGUUUUUAGUAUUGCAACAAAUAUUUCAUACAUUGUAUAUAAUUUAUAUUAGAACUUUACAAUAAUUUUACUUACCAGUAUAAAUAUUAUAUAUAAAAAUGUAUUAUAAAAUUUCACAUUUAAAUCUUCAAAGAUCUCAUUGAUUUUAAUAAUUUACGAUUUGGAAAUGGUAUUUUUGUAUUGUCUAAAUUUAGAAAUGUCUGUAUCAUUGUUAGAUUUUUCUGGAAAUUGUGAUAAAAACUGAUACAUUUUCUUGUUUUUGUCUUUGUAACAGGUAUCAAAAGAUUUACUAUAUUGAUGCUAAAACUCUGUAUUGAUAUUAUAUUGUAUAAAAAUAAUAUAUGUAAAUAAUGGAAUAUA